CAUUGUAUUAAUAUGCUACUGCUGGAAACCCUCGUCGAUUUUCUUCGUGUGCUCAUUUUUAGCCGCAUCACACUCUCUGGACGCAAUGGAAACAGACGAUCCCGAGGAAGUUGCUUUAGCAAGCAGCAAUAGUGAAUCAACUCUACUUGAACGACUGAUACUCAAAGAUACGGAACCGCCAUCAGAGAGCCAAAGCAGUAAUGUGCCGCCCGUCGAUGUGGUGCAUGUUGCUGCCCUGAGCUUAGUAGAAGACAGACACUCGCUCUCGGAGCUCCUCGACCUGGCAAAUAACACAGAGAGGAGGGAGUUUGUAUUUCAAAGUGGUCUAUCUACCUUCCUAGUGGGUGAUCUUACCCAGGAGUCUAUUCAGCAAGAAGCGAUGUGCCUCCUUCGUGAUCUAUUAGCUACAAGACAAUCAAACACUCCAGACACAAGGAAAGCCAUCAUCUUCGUGGCUUACGACCUUGGCGCUCUCGUGAUUAAGCAGGCUCUCUCUAUCGCUGCCAGGUUCCAGAAUAAAUAUUCCAAUAUUUUUUGGAACACGUCAAAAGUGAUCUUCUCUGGGUGUCUGCAACGAAGCAAAGAUACAAGGGAUAUGAUAUCAACGCUUUGGACAUUUUUGUCAAGCAAAGUAGACAUUAACUCACAGCGUCUUCUCGCACCUCAGAUAAUAGAAAAUCUUGCACAGACAACAAUUCAGAUCAACGAGGCAUUCAUCAGUUCCAAAAUUGCGUUACGCACGCAUAUCAUUCAUCUUUACGCAGGUGAGGUCGAAGCAGGAAUGAUACAUCCUAGUAUGGAUGCUUUUACUGCAACAAUGGGGCUUCCUUCAGAGACAACCAUCCAGGAACAGAGCAAGAACGGUUCGGCAUCUCGAUUUCCGGGCCUGGACAAAAUAGUUUCAUAUGGACUAGAGAACUUGGCUUCUCAUCCUGACUGGCUACCCAUCGAGCAGGCACUUCUAGCCCUUGCAGCUCCGCCACGCAUAUCACAACUUGACCCCAGAGAUGUCGCUGCACUUCUGCCAGGAGUAGACGCACAAGAGCAUGUGGAUUGGGAAGAAUUUCAAGGGCCUCAGAUCUUGCACGUCCAAGGACAUUCCGACAGCCUCGCGCACAAUGUCGCAGAUCAAAUCAUGCUCAAGGGCAUAGCCAAACUACGACAGCAAUAUGAUUACACCUUCACAGACUAUCUUUCCUUCAGCUUUGAUUCACGGGACCCCCAACGGCGUUCUAUCUCUGAUAUGAUAAUCUCAGUCCUAGCUCAAGCCAUGUCUGGGAUAUUUACUGGCACUGUCAACGAUAAAUUUCAUUUACUCCGAGAUUUAUUUAUCAUACGAGGCGGGUGGACAGAUAAAUCAAGCAUCUCCAUGUUCGAGGCCGCCCGGACAAGUUUCUUCCCUUCUGGGGUCAUUAUUACCCUACAUGACUUCGAUGAAUGCGACCGCGACAGUCGGAAGGCCUUCCUGAAUUAUUAUUCGGCCCUACAAAAGAAGACAGAGAUCUCAAUUAAGUUGAUUGUUACAUCACGGGAGCCAAACGCGUUAGCUGUCGAGCUUGAAAAGUGGCCCAGACUUGACGUAGAUGCCUAUGUCACCGAAACUAAUUCUGAGUCUCGAAGACUUGUGGACGAUUCGAUACAGUUAUGUCCCAGCGGUCCUAGAAGACAAGAGAUGCAGAGUCACUUGGACAAAUUGUCUGCGAUGGGACCAACCAACUUGCAUACAAUACUUGCGUUACUUUUCGAUCAUACAAGCUGGCCAGAUAACCCAUCGGAUCACUCCCUUUCUGAGUUUACACGUCUCCUUCCCCAUAUCUCUUCUUCCGAUACGAUUGAAGGGGUCCUGGACAAGAUAAUUAAGCUCGACGAGAAUGUUGAUCUAUUCCGUUGGCUUCUAAGCUGGCUACUGUGUAGCUAUCGUCCUCUAAAUCUCGAAGAGCUUUCCUUAGUUGUAGAGUAUUAUAAACAGCUCAACACGACCAGACCAGAGUCUUUUCAGCCUAUUCUAACCCAGCCUUCAAUGCAAGUUCAGCAACAGCUGAGAUCUCAGCUUCGUUUGCUCACUGACUUCAAGUAUGAUCAAGCGACUGUCCGUCCCGAUAUCAUGAGUCUCUUCGUCGACAAUACAGACAUUAAUUCAUACAUAUGGAAUGAAGUUGCAAAUGAAGCGCAUCAAAAAUUGGCCGAAUUCUGCUUCACCUACCUUAAGUCAGAUAAGGCAGUUGCGUCGCUUGAGGAUACAGUCCUACGGUAUGAGUCCGCAUUGCAAGAACAGCAGCAGAGGUUUAAAAUGGCCAUGCCGGUUCUUCCGGCAAACCAAGGGUUACUUCUCUACGCAGUAAAAGCCUUACCGUAUCACCUCUCUAAGUGUUCCUCUAGUUAUCAAAGCACCGCGCUAUCGUUCUUUUUUGAUAAGCAAACUAAACAUGUCUCAAUAUUAUGGGCAAAGGUGUAUUGGGCAAUGAGUAGUCCUCUUUCUCGCACUCUCGAACCCCCCGAAUCGGCCUUACCAAUUUGCGCCAGCCUAGGAUUCCUAAGUCGUGAGAGGUUCAACGCCGAACCCGAAAAUUUAAGAGUGCAAUGCAUAAGCUCAGCAAUCAUCGGCGGUAAGGGCGGCGAGGUGCUAAGCCUCUUUCCACCAAAAGCCCUCGCAGUCUCCACAUACAUGGAAUUUCUACUUUCAGCCCUUCAGGCAGAUGACGGGACUACAGCGCUGGACCUAGCACAAGGAGUUCUAUCGCAUCCUGAGUGGCAUAGGCAUACACAAACUUGGCCUCAUUUCGCAAUCUGGACAGCUGUGUGGCUGAACAUGGUAGAGCUUACAAAAAUACUUCUCGACAAUGGCGUAGGUGUUGAUAUUGAGCCGAAUGUCGAACUGGCGCUAGGGUAUUAUCCUUCAAUUCUCCAUAUGUCAUCUUUGUUGGGCUAUUCCACCAUUACUGGGACUCUACUGGCUCGAGGCGCGACAUCAAAAGUUCCAACUCUGACCAUAUAUGGGAGCUUUCAGACUGCGGCAUACCGGGGUCACAUCGACGUGGUUCAGAAGUAUCUUGACCAUGAUCCUUCGUAUAAAAAGGCUAGACAACCGCAUACCGCUCUGUGGGCUGCCUCCGAAUGGGGCUGCUGGCAAUCUGUAAGCGCACUCGUCGAAGCGGGUGCGGACGUCAACGAGCCACAGGGAACCCCUCCAGAUGACUACCGCACUUGGACGCCCCUGGCCAUCGCAUCUAGAAACGGCUAUCCAAAAACUGUAGAAGCGCUCUUGGCCGGGGGGGCUGAUGCUAACGCCGUUGGUCCCUAUGGAAUGGACACGGCACUGUGGUUUUCUACGGUCGAUAACAUCAACAUUGGCUGCGUCCAGGUCAUGCUCAAAUAUAAUGCCGACCCUAAUCACUACUUCGACCCACCGCUGCUAGCAGAGAUAGCAAACUCUAGCUAUGAUACUGCCUCUAUUAUCCCUAUCUGCAAUUCUCUCCUCGAUGGAGAUCGGCCCAUCAAUCUAAACGAAACAAAUCGUGACGGGAAAACGGCUCUCAUGAUAGCCUCUCAGUCUAACAAACUCGGUCUAGUCCAGUGGCUACUAACCAAGGGUGCAGACAUUGAUGUUCUAGACAGCUUUAAUAAGUCUGCUUUAUAUUACGCCGUUAGCAACGGGCACGUCGAAACCGUCACUGCUCUACUAAAAAAAGGGGCGCGCGUCGAUGUGGCUCACAGUUAUGGCGAAAGCUCUCUCCUUUUUGAUGCUAUAUCGUAUCCCGAUAUUGUACGGCUUCUACUAGAUUAUGGCGCAGACGUCAACAUAUCAAAUUCUUUCGGUAACAGGCUCAUCAAUUUAGCUUCAUCAUCUGGCAAUGUAAAAGUUGCCGAGAUACUGAUAGAGAAGGGUGCAGAUAUUGAUCAUAAGGACGAAUAUGGUUGGGCGCCCAUAUUUGAUGCAGUGGGCUUUUCUCGUAAUGUUGUCUUAACACGACUUCUAGCUGAGAAGGGUGCGAAAAUGGACGGCAUGGCCUAUGACGAGACAAUUUUGCACCGAGCAUCUAACGGGGACCUCGAGAUCCUUAAAACAGUGCUUGAAUUCCGCAAGGGUAUCGAUAUCAACGCCCGUAACACACAUGGGCUCACUGCACUGCAUGGCACCAUUCGUGGACGCUUUGACGUCGAAUCUCUGCGAGUUCUCAUCAGGGCAGGUGCCGACUUGAACGCACCAGAUGCCGAUGGCGAGACUCCUUUGCAUAGUGCUUCGCGAGAAGCGAAUACCCUUGAUCACCUUAAGCUCCUCCUCUCUCAAGAAGAUAUCAAUCUAGACAAUCCUAGCCCAUUAUGGGGCAGCCCACUCUGCCUUGCCUCACGAAACCUCAACGUAGAAGGGGUACAGGUCCUUCUCGAUCAUGGCGCUAAUGUUAAUCUCGCCGUGCCAAAUUGUUCACAUUGUACACCCUUGAUAUCGGUCCUGGGCACAUACGGUUGGACCACACGCAACGAAGACAUCCUGACCAUAGACAUAAUCACUCGCAUGCUAGUCUUCAACCCCCGCAGCAAAGCAAAUAUCAAACAAACAGUUAUUGGCGGCCGUUUCCACACCGCUUUCGCAGCGGCCUGUGUUUCGGCCAGCCCAGCCACGCUUAAGUUCCUCGUUGAAGAAGGAGCCGAAGUUCGCUUGGCAGACACGUUCUCGGGGCGGCUGCCACUGCACUUUGCGGCAGUCAACGGGUUCGACAAUUUCCAAGCAAUCGUUCUCUCCUAUAGAGGCGAUCUUAUGGCCCCGGAUAAGGAGCAGAAGAACUGCCUGCACUGGGCGGCGCAGUUCGGAAACCUCAGGGCCAUUGAGUUCAUCAUAUCUCUGCUCAGCGACGAGAAAAGGCUGGCGCGCUACAUCAACCGACCCGAUAGCGAUGGGUGGACGCCUCUCUGCUGGGCGGUGCGACCCCACGAACGCGGUUGUGCGUAUAAGAUGCGCUCUGAACAGCCGGACUAUGCGGGCAUCGUGAAGGUGCUGCUUCUAAAUGGGGCGAAGUUAGAUGUAAAAUGUACGCUAGGCAUCGGAACAGACACGGAGAAGCUCACGCCGCUUGAUUUGGCCCGACGGUGUGACGCGGGUGAGGAUAUCAUCAAUAUGCUUCGGUACGGCGUAGGUGACCAAGACGAAUCCGAGAAGCAGAGUAGGCUUGUUGCAGAGGGGCCAGUGAGGAUUUAUGCACUCCAUAAUAAUUACACCUGUGACAUCUGUCUAAACCCAAUCUUCGGGCGCGUGUUUGAAUGCGAUACCUGCGCUGAUUACGGCGUCUGCACAAAAUGUCUACCUCACAAAGAGACUUUCCACACGGGGCAGACCCAAGGUGAUGGGAAAGAACACAACUUGAAAUUGUAUGCUAAAUAUAGUGAGUAUCAAGACAUGCCCGAUGGCGAGGGAAAGAAUCAGGACGGGCCAGCACCAGAUGAGCGGGAUGGUGAUCGCGAGAGGGAUGCAGAGGCUGGUGAGCCUUCGCCGGAAAGAGAGGAGAUUUUGGAUUUGGAUGAUAUUCAAAUUUGAUAGAUUUCUGGGUGGGAAAGCACAGCGACUGUCGUUUACAUGCUUCGAAGGUUCGUAGAUCAGAUCACCUUACACGAGUAUCCUGGGAGCAGAAAUUGAGUAGUCUAAACUAGUGAGUCUUCUAGGGUGUCUUAUUGGCGGUAGGGAUAAUAAUCACGUCGUCAAAUAUUAGUGGUCCUAGUUGUCUAGAGUAAGUCAACGACUGAUUAAUAUUAGGUAGGUAUCUAUUACUUGGUAAGUUUCAUGUUAUCAUCAUUGUGGAGGAUACAUAUCAUGAGUCGACUGAGAUGUCUAAAGCCCCCUGGAUAGGUAUUAUCCACCUGGGCACACAGUCUACAGUGAGUGGCGAAAUCAACAUUAAAUCAACCACACAGUUCGACGCGAAGAUGUCAACGAACAAAGAAUUC